CCCGAAACGGCAUUUGAGGAGUCCCAGCAAGUCUUUUAAAGAUGUACUUGGCUGACCGACCACUCGGCGGCAGUUGAAGAGGGAACCAGAGGGUAUUCGUAAAAAAGAUAAAAAAAGGGUAAGCGACGAAUGAUUGGGACUCAGUAUCGGCAAUUGCGACGGCUGGCAUCGGAAGCAAAGAGCACCCCAGCUCAGGAUAAUGAAAAUUUACCAUCACAGAAGUUCAACCUCUUUCCGUAGGAGCAUGUGAUUAUCAUCAGCAUCUUCUCAGGUGAAGCCUAGUCAUCUCUUUGAAAAGUUUCCCUCAUGUGUUACUUUUCAUUGUUGUAUGAUGUCGCUGUAUAUCUCCCCCUUAGCGUCUCCGCAUCUUUUUCGUUUUAAAUGGGUUUCUUUUUCGUUUAACUGAAACUUCUUUCCUUCUUGUUUAUACCACUCUAUCCGGCAUACCCGAGUUGCCAUUCAAAACUUUCAUACAGCUCACUUACAAAUAUUUAGUUUCAAAAUAUAAAAGCUUUUGCUGUAUGUGAUACAGACGCGCUCUCCAUCCCUUCCUUUCACUCAGCAAAAAAUCCCUUGGGAAGUUCGUUUCACUCAGUGUCUGCCUUCCCUUUUAUAUAAAGAGGGAUUUGUUCUGUCUCUUCCUAUGCAUACAUCGAAAUCUCUUUCCGUUCCGUCCUACCUCCGUAAUAGAUGCAUCGCGACCCUUGCGUUCCUUUUGAAUAGGGAUCGGUCCCUUAGCGUCGUUAAAGAAUCAAAGGUAAGGUACAUAGAACCCUCGGUAUUACUUUUCCCUUUAAUAAGCGAUUGGAAAUUGCUUCUUUCAGAGAAAUUAUUUCACUACAGAUAGUUAAACAUCUACAAAUCUUUAAUUCUGAUGACUGGUAUCCUCUGCUUCUUCCCUUACACUACGCAGAAAUAUACCGGAGUUAAGAGUCUCAUUUCGGUACUAUUGGAUGCUAUUGCCGGGUACACAAUAUUUGCCAUUGAAGGAGGUGUAACGUGAACAAAACUAAAAAGCAUUUUCUCGCUUUUAAUGAAGGCAGAAAUAAAAAAGCAAUACAGAAUUGCAUAAAAGGGCAUCGUUAGAGAGCAGCCUUUUACAUAACCUUAGUUUUGGUUUUUCGAGGAUUUUUUUUUCGUUAAAAGUUUUCUAAGUCCUGUUUUGUGUUGAUUGAUUGUUUAUUCUUUUUUUUUUCUUUAUCGCUAUUUUUUUUUCUUUCAUUUAUUUAUUCACUAAUUCGUUCUGCAUCUUUUGGUUACAUUAGAUUCAUUCUCUUCUUUCUAAUUGUUCUUUGCACUAUAUUGAAUCAUCCCGCUUGUUCAAUCCGCUUUCCAAGUGCUGCUGCUUUUUUAUUUAGUUAAUGGGUCUCUUGAAGCAACGUUAUCAUGAACUUUUGGACUUGCGCGUACGUGGUGAACGCCUUCCUAUUGCUAGGCGCCUUCAACACUUUACGUGGGCGUGGUUUGCUUCUACUAUGGGUACUGGUGGCAUUGGCAUGAUCACAUCUUUGUAUUAUUUUCGUUUUCAUGGUCUCAAUACCCUUGGGAAAAUUAUCUUUGUCUUUCAACUUUGCAUUUUUUCUCUUUUUACAGUAUGCAUUCUCUUUCGUUUCCUUCGCUACCGGGGUACGUUCAGGAAGGCUUGGAAUAACCCUGGCGAAUUAGUCUUUAUGCCUACCUUUCUCCUCUCCAUUGCCACUAUAAUUAGUAACUUUUACCCAUAUGCCUACCCUUACACCGGCGAAUGGAUGGUUUGGACGAUUCGCAUCACCUACUGGAUUUAUGUCGCUUGCGCUUGCAUUUUUUGUGUCAGCUCCUUUUAUACCCUUUUUCGCAAUCAUCCAUUUCGUCUUAAUACCAUUAUUCCCGCUCUCAUUCUUCCAAUUUUUCCCUGUAUGAUUUGUGGUGUUGCUGCGAGCGCCAUUGUUGAGUCUCAGCCUCCAGAACAGGCAAAAAAUAUGAUUGUCGCUGGUAUCGCCUUCCAAGGCUUGGGUUUUUGGAUCUAUCUUCUUGUUUAUGGGAAUAACAUACUUCGUCUUUUCACAGCCGGUCUUCAGGCCCCGGCUGAUCGUCCUGGCAUGUUCAUCUUUGUUAGCCCUCCUUCAUACACGGGUCUAACUCUUUUGGAUCUUGCUUUUGGUGCUGUACACAAGCAUCACCCUAUUUUUGUCACAAAAGACUCACCCGAAUGGCUACUUUUCAUCUGCAGUUUCUUUGCUUUGUUCAUGAUCGGUUUGGGCAUUUUUAACUUUGUACUUGCUUUGGUUUCUGUCAUCGCCGGCUUUUGCUCUCCUGGUAAACUGAAAUUUAAGGUUUCCUGGUUCGCAAUGAUCUUUGCGAAUGGUGGUCUUGUUAUGGUCAUCCAAGAGCUUGGCAAAGCCAUCAAUUCUAAAGCCCUUGAUGUUAUUGGUCAAGUUUGCGGUGUCAUCAUAACCAUUGUUUGGAUUUGCUUAAUCAUUCUUGCCGUUCGUGCCGUAUAUGUUCAAGAACUCCUCUAUCCUGGAAAGGAUGAAGAUGUCGGCAUUCUUCCUCCUGAUGUUCUUGAAUACUAUGAAAAAUUAGAAUCCUUUGAGAAGGACGGCACCUCCAAGGAUGCUCAAGUGACUCUGAAAGAAAUCAAUCAUAAUGACAAAAAUUCCUAAUACUGGUUCUGUUAAGCUUUUUCUUUGGCUCUAAUUUCGUUGAAAAAGCAUGGUAACUCUUGGUUUUUUUUCUUUUGUAUUCUUGCUUUCUUCUUUUUUUUUUUUUUUUUUUUUGGUUCCUUUCCAUAAAUGACCUGUACAGCUGAUGAAAAAAGUUAGACUGUUUGAUUGUUUCAUGUUCGGUUAUCUAUUUAUUUUUUAGACGUUUCGUUUUCAUUUGCCAUGAUUCGUGAUAAAAAUGGAGAUUUUUCAAGCCUGGUACCUAAUUAUUUUAUAUUUUUCUCUUUUUAAAUGUAACGAGCUUUCAACAUGAAUACUGUACCUCCUUUCUCACCUGUUUCCUAUUAUCAUUUUUAUUUAUCAAUUAAGUUCUAAACAUACUUCUUUUUUGGUAGAGUUGAAUGGAAAGCUAAUGCUGUGUCUAAUGGAACCCUUAUGUCGCUCUUUUUAAGUUUUACAUUGGCAAGCCGAUUUUGAAUAUAUCUAAUUAUAACUACUUGAUUUAAUCGCUAAGGACUUAAAUAAUGCAUGCGCUUUUUUAAACGAUCAUUCUUUAGUGUUUUG